GGGAAGAGCAACCAGCAGUGAGGAGUCCUGGAAUCCCUUGCAGGGGAGAGCCUUGACCCCCAGGAAGCAAAAAGUACAAACAGGUGUGGGAGCCCCCGAUGGAACCCCCGGGUGAGCAGCCCCCACCAAAGCCAGAGCUCUCCCCAAAAAAAGCCCUGUGUGAGGACUCCGACCUCGAGGCGGCUCCCAGCAUGCACACGCUCUAUGUAGGCCACCUGAACCCCCGGUUCUCAGUGCCCGUACUCACCUGCCUGCUGCGCGACACCCUGGACCGGCUCGAGCUGCCCGCGGCGCCGGGGCACACCAACGUGGUGCGGCGGCCGCGCAAUGCCUACGCGCUCGUGCAGGUGGCCACCCACAAGGCCACCCUGGCCUCCCUCCCCUGGCGCCUGCAGAUGGCCUCAGAGGAGGACCUCAUCUUCAAGGAGCUGGCAGCACAAGGGAAGGAGCUGGUGCUGGGUGAGGGCCGGGAGCCCCCAAACCACAGAGAGCAGGAGGACAGUGGCCCGAGCCCAGGCCCCAGCCCCAGCCACAGCCCGGGGCCCAGCCUCCUGCCAACCAACUGGCCUGCAGACGGCUCGCCUCGGCGGCAGCAGAAGAAGCAGCAGCAGCAGCAGCAGCAGCAGAGCAUCCCAAGCCGGCCCAGCGGUGUGCACUCUGACAGCGCCAUCGUGCACCAAGAGAUCCUGGGCCAAGAGCGGCUCUUCCAGGGCGCCUUCCUGGGCAGUGAGACGCGUGGCCUGGAGUUCAAGCGCGGCGGUGGCGAGUACCUGAGCCUGGCCUUCAAGCAUCACGUGCGGCGCUACGUGUGCGCCUUCCUCAACAGCGAGGGUGGCAGCCUGCUGGUGGGCGUGGAGGACAGCGGCCUGGUGCAGGGCAUCCGCUGCAGCCACCAUGACGAGGACCGCGCCCGCCUGCUGGUGGACUCCGUCCUGCAGGGCUUCAAGCCCCAGGUCUUCCCUGAUGCCUACACCCUCAGCUUCAUCCCUGUGGUCAGCACCGCCAUGACCAGCACCCCCCUCAAGGUGAUCCGCCUGACCGUGCACGCCCCCAAGGCCCAGGGCCAGCCGCAGCUCUACCAGACGGACCAGGGGGAAGUAUUCCUGCGGCGCGACGGGAGCAUCCAGGGCCCACUGUCAGCCAGCGCCAUCCAGGAGUGGUGCAGGCAGAAGUGGAUGGUGGAGCUGGCCAAGCUGGAGGAGCAGGUGAACACGCUGACAAUGGAGAAGGAGCAACUCCAGCAGCAGCUGCAGCGGCCCUGGCCCAUCUCCUGCACCUGCUGUGUCCUGUGAGGCCCCGGCCGGCGGGCGGUGCGGCGCUCCAGAGGACGCGGGGCUCUAGUGACACCGGUGGGCUGCUCAGAGGUGGAGGGGGGCUCUGGCUUCCUCUCUGUCAGCGCUGCGCACGGCUGGUCCCCAUGCUGCUUCAUCCUGAGCAGUCCGGGUCUGUGUAGCCAAGAACUGGCUCUCAGAAAGGACUUAUGAAAACUAGCCGGAGCGACCCUGGGCUAAGCCAGAAGAGCUCGUCCCUCUCCCUGGAAUGCCCGUUUUGCCCAGGCUGGGGUCUAGGACUGCAGCUGGCUAGGCAGUGCCAGGAAGGAAUCUCGUCUUGGGAGCCCCUCACAGACAGCAGCCAGCCUCCCCUCCUGGCCUGCAGGAACUUGGGACUGUCAAGGCUCCUUAAUAAACGCCAUGUACCUGG